CAUUCCCGGUUGUUGCAGUGUGUAACACAGAAGUCUCUCUCAGUCCCUACGAGAGAGAACAGAAGACAAGAAUGAAAUUAAAAACAUUUCGAGAAAUUAAAUUACAUUACUCCCACAUACAUGGAAUAGAGGUCUAAGGUUUAGUUUUAAGGAUUAGAAAUAAUAGAUUGCAUAGAUAUGAAGUAGAAGUAAAAACCUUAGUGUGACAUAUGUAGAAAUAUGUUUUAAAUGCCUUAAAAAGUAAAAGCCGUAAAAUGUAAUAUAAAUACAAGUUGCACUGAUAGCUCUCAUCACUCUCUUCCUCCACAACCAUCAUCAUCACCACUACCAGCACGUGAGAGAAGAAGAAGAGGAAGAACAAGAAGAAAAGAAGAGAAAAAGAAAGGCCAGGGAGCAUCUGCCUCUCGAGCCUCUGUCCCAGGCCACAGCUUCCCCCUCUGGUACCAGAGAGCUGCUGCUGCUUCCAUCGGCACUUUAGGCCACAGAGAUUGCACAGGGACUUUACAGCCUGGCACGCUUUGCCUUUGGAGCCUGCCGUGCCUUUGCACUGAACAACUUGACAGCAGCAGCAGCUGCUGUGCUCUUUGAAGCUGUAAAGCCAUCCCCAAUCCCCACAGGCGCUGCCAUUGCCGGUGCCGCUGCUGAGGCCGCCUGUGCCACGGGGGCCUGAGGGCUCCCCAGCUGGGGCAGCCUGUGCCACACGAAGCCUUGAGCCCUGCUGCUGCCCUUGGCCAGCUGCAGAGAGCACAAGGCUUUGGCCAUUGCUCAGAGGCCCCCAGCUGGCCACAGCAGCCCACGCUGCCAGCAGCCCUGGGCCUCAGAGCCCUCCCUCCUGCUGGGGCCGUGCAGGGGCCACGGGCCUGCACCAGGCUCCUGUUGUUGCCACAGGAGCAAGGCUGCAGCUCCAGCCUUUGGGCCCUGGGCCGCAGCAGCCCAGGGCAGGCCCAGCUGCAGAGCUCCCACCCCCGCUGGCUUUCACUGGAGCUCUGCUGAGCACUGAUCCCCAGCCCAGAUUCUCUCUGUGCUUGCUGCUUCCACAUUCCCCGUCCUGUUCCCGUAUUCCCAUUCCCGGUUCCAUUUCUCGUCCCUGUCCCGUAUUCUGGGUCUUGGCCCUGUAGUCCGUGUCCCUGUUCCCAGGCCCGGAAUUCCGGGACUCAGUCCUCAUUGCCUUCCCUGUCACAAUCCCAGUCCCUGUCGCCAUUCCCUAUCCCCAUUCCCAGUCCCUGUCCCCUCUCACCGGACGCCGCCGCCAUCGCUCCGUUCCCCUCACGGCCCUCACGUGACCGCAGAAACCCCGCGCUGCUCCCACCCACCAAUCCCAGCGCGAGAUCGCUCCUAGAUUUGCAUAACCAGGCCCUCUGCUCGGACCCCGCCCACCGCCGGCCGCAGCCUUUCCCCGCAGUGCGCUGACUGCUCCCAGUAAGAGCGGCACUGGCAGGGAAAGCGCUCCCAGUUCCUGCCCGGGGCUCUUAGCAUCGCUGCCGCUGCUCUCCCUGGCAUUCCCACUGCUCCCAGUAUCACUCCCAGCGCCGCGCGGGCCGCAGCCGCUCCGCAACCCCCGGCAGCAGAGCGCGGCUGCUUUUGGGUGUCGGCACCGGGCCGGGCCGGGCUGGGAGCGGAGGAGGAGCGGGAGGAAGAGGAUGAAGUGAAGAAGCGGCAGGAGGAAGAGGAAGGACACAGGAGGAACCGGAAGAGGAUGAGCGAAAGGAAGAGGAGAAGCGUUUUUGGAACCAGUCGCUUUCCCCGCUCAGCCGCAGAUUCCCCGGCUCCGGCACCAUCGGCGCCCCCAAGAAGCCGCAGCAGCAUUUCCCAAACCUCGGCACCGAGGCGGAGAAGGAGGACGUGAGGAAGAGGAAGAUGGCCCUGGAGGCGCAGGCAGAGCAGGACCUGAGCACGGACAGCAGCGAGGACAAAUCCCCGCGGCAGAACCUCGUGCAAGAGACCGUUGGCAGCGGCUCCACACUGCAGGAACGCAACGGGGAGGAAAAGCUGCGGAGAUCCCACACCAGGAGGGGCUGCAAACGCACAGCCCGGGGAUCCCAGCAGGAAAGAGCCAGCCCGGGCUGUGGAGGCGGCCGCAGCUCGGAGCUGGGGCUCCAGGAGCAGCUUCACGAUGGGGAGAAGCCCCACAAGUGCUCGGAUUGUGGGAAGGGAUUCUGGUGGAGAUCGCAGCUGAUUGAACACCGGAGAAUCCACACAGGGGAACGACCUUAUGAGUGUGAGGAGUGUGGGAAGGGAUUCAGAGUGCGCUCAAGUCUGAACAAACACCGGAGAAUCCACACUGGGGAGAGGCCCUACGAGUGUGAUAAAUGCAGGAAGAGGUUUCAGAGCAACUCAAAUCUCCUCAUGCACUAUCGCAUUCACAGGGAUGAGAGGCCGUUCUGCUGCUCCAUCUGCGGGAUGAGCUUCAAGCAAAACUCCACCCUUAUUACGCACCAACUCAUCCACACUGGGGAGAGGCCCUACGAGUGUGAUAAAUGCUGGAAGAGGUUUCGGAGCAACUCCCAUCUCCUCCUGCAUUAUCGCACUCACAUGGAUUGGAGGCCUUAUGAGUGCCCUGACUGCAGGAAGGGCUUCAAGCAGAACUCUGCUCUCACCACGCACCGGCGCAUCCACACCGGGGAGAGGCCCUAUGAGUGUCCCGAGUGUGGGCAGAGCUUCUCCAGUAGCAUUUACUUGAACAAACACAUACGGAGUCUCCACUGAGGGAAGCCCUGCGAGUUCCCUGAGUGUGGGAAGAGCUUCGUGCACUGCUCCAGCUCCAUCCCCCAUGGCAGGAUCCGCACUGGAUGAUCCCCAGUGACCCCCGGUGGGCAGAGCCCUGCUGAUCCCUGGUGCUGCUGAUCCGUGUUGGGAACACACCUGGCUGGGGGCUCCACAUCCUCCUGCUGCCAUCCCAGGCCAAAUCCCAUUUCCACUCUCAUUCCCUCUCCCUGCCCUGCAUUCUCUGCCUGGUUGCUCUUCCCAUAUUUCCAGUCCCAUAUUCCUUGUCCUGUUCCUCUUGUAUUCCUGGUCUCACUCCCAUUCCUGUAUUUCCAUUUUUAUAUUUCCUGUCCCGUUCCCAUGUUCCCAUUCCGAAUCCAGUUCCCCUAUUCCCAUUUCCGUUCCUUGUUCUAUCUUCUUCAUUCCAAUCCCAUAUUCUCUCUCAAAUUGCUGUUUCCAUAGUCCCUGUCCCAUUCCCAGUCCCUGUCCCGAUUCCCACAUGCUGCAGUGUGUAACACAGAAACCUCUCUGAGUCCCUCGAACAGAGAACAAAGGCAAGAAUUAAAUUAAAACCUUUUUAGAAAUUAAAUUACAUUAAGCCACGCAAGCAUGAAAUAGAGCUCCAAGGUUUAGUUUAAGGAAGUAGACAUAUUAGGUUUUAUAGAUAUAAAAUAGAAGUGUAAAUCUUAGUGUGAAGUACAUUAAAAUAUGUUUUAAAUGCCUUAAAAAGUAAAAGCCAUAAAAUGUAAUGUAAAAUACAAGUUGCACUGAUAGCUCAAAAACACAGCUCGAUACACAAUAAAAAUGUAGUAAGAGUAUUUCUUAUAUUCUUCAGAUAGAACAGAUAGGCCAUGUGCACAAGUUAGAUGUAGACUUUUGUAUUAGAGAAGCAGAAUUCUAAGAGGUUUAAGAGAAAUGCUUCAGGUUGGUGAUUUUGGCUCACUGAGUAAUUUGUCAAAAAAAAUUCCUGUCUUGGAGCCAGAGCUCUCUCUCGCUCCUCUCACAUCACUCUCUCUUCCUCCACAACCAUCAUCAUCACCACUACCAGCAUGUGAGAGAAGAAGAGGAAGAACAGUAAGAGAAGAAGAAAGGCCAGGGAGCAUCUGCUUCUCGAGCCUCUGUCCCAGGCCACAGCUUCCCCCUCUGGCACCAGAGAGCUGCUGCUGCUUCCAUCGGCACUUUAGGCCACAAAGAUUGCACAGGGAUUUUACAGCCUGGCACGCUUUGCCUUUGGAGCCUGCCGUGCCUUUGCACUGAACAACUUGACAGCAGCAGCAGCUGCUGUGCUCUUUGAAGCUGUAAAGCCAUCCCCAAUCUCCACAGGCGCUGCCAUUGCCGGUGCCGCUGCUGAGGCCGCCUGUGCCACGGGGGCCUGAGGGCUCCCCAGCUGGGGCAGCCUGUGCCACACGAAGCCUUGAGCCCUGCUGCUGCCCUUGGCCAGCUGCAGAGAGCACAAGGCUUUGGCGAUUGCUCAGAGGCCCCAGCUGGCCACAGCAGCCCACGCUGCCAGCAGCCCUGGGCCUCAGAGCCAUCCCUCCUGCUGGGGCCGUGCAGGGGCCACGGGCCUGCACCAGGCUCCUGCUCUUGCCACAGGAGCAAGGCUGCAGCUCCAGCCUUUGGGCCCUGGGCCGCAGCAGCCCAGGGCAGGCCCAGCUGCAGAGCUCCCACCCCCGCUGGCUUUCACUGGAGCUCUGCUGAGCACUGAUCCCCAGCCCAGAUUCUCUCUGCACUUGCUGCUCCCACAUUCCCUGUCCUGUUCCUGUAUUCCCAGCCCCUGUCCCUGUCCCCAUUCCCCAUCCCAUUCUCACUCUUGCUGUGGAUGCUCUAGUCCCAGUCGCAGAUCCCUUCAGGCUCUCAGUCUUGUAGUCCAGUUCCGAGUCGCAUUCUAGGUGCCAAAUUCCCGGUCCCUGUGCUCCUUCCCGGUCCCAUUCCCAGACCCAGUCCCAUUCUCAGACCCAUUCCAUUAUUCACAUCGUCAUUCCCUGUCCGUGGGUCCUUUCCUAAUCCCACUUCCAGUCCCUUUCCCUGUCCCUCUCCGGUAUGGCCGGUUCCUGUCCCUUUUCCUGGUCCCAUUCCCUGUCCCUGUCCCCAUUUCCGGUCCCUCUCCCACUUCCCUCUCCGCAUUCGCGGUCCCUGUCCCCAUUCCCCGUCCUCAUUCCUGUUCUCUGUCCCCAUUCCCAGUCCCCGUUCUCAUUCCCUGUCCCCAUUCCCGGUCCCUGUACCCUCUCACCGGACGCCGCCGCCAUCGCUCCGCUCCCCUCACGGCCCUCACGUGACCGCAGAAACCCCGCGCUGCUCCCACCCACCAAUCCCAGCGCGAGAUCGCUCCUAGAUUUGCAUAACCACGCCUUCAGCUCUGGCCCCGCCGGCCGCAGCCGCCUCCGGCCCUGGAGGGAUCUUGGCGGGUCCCACGUGGCGAUCGCCCGGUACCCAUGCAUCAUGACCAUGCAUCAGGAGAGAUGUGUCCCUGCUGUGCUGGAGCUCCCCCUGCACAGGAAGCUCCUGUCCUGGGCCACACAACCCUGGGGGCAGAGGCUCUGCUGCCUGGGAGAGGAGACCAGGGGGUCUGGCUCAGGGGAAGGUGUCUGCAUUGCUGGGGAUGACAGGAGCUUUCCAAGUUAUCUCUUACUGUCCUGGGAACCAGGGGUUUUCCUAAGGCUGAAUGAUGCUCAUAACCCCUGGUCCCACACACAGAGGGGUGUCUAUCGUUCAGGGGGUUUAAAUCCUCUGGAGAGGGAGAGCAGGCUUUAGGGAAGGCGCUGUUGUUGCUGAGCAUGAUCAGGAGAAGGAAAAGAAGCUGCAGGCAGAGGGGCUGCUCACAGCCCAGUCCGAUUGUAUGAGGAGGCUUCAGGCAGAGCUUGGUGAUGGAGAUGAGAGAGAGGGAAUCUUAGAGAGCAUGGAGAGUCUGUAGCCCUAAACCAAACUGAACCCAGAGAUGAUGGUCAGGGUCAACACACUGCUACCAAACAGUGCCCUACACAGUGACAGAGAUAUGCAAGUACUUUCAGGAUCAGUUAAAUGAAGAGGUGGAGACCCUGUAAGUAUUCCCACCCUGAAUGUGGAGGUUGUGUCUGCACUAAGGCAAGCACAAGCCAUAGGUGAAAGAACACAAAGAGCUUUUACACAGAGCUUCAGUUAUUUACCAAGCCCAGUUCCAUCCAAGCACAGGGGAUGACACAGCCCGUGGGAGGUGACAGGAACCAUUGGGGGUGACAGUCCCCACAGGGGUACAAUGAGCACCCCACAGGGGGUACCAGGGCCUGUGGCAGGUGCCAUCAACCCAGGGAGGUGACAGUGACCUGUAGCUGAUGUCACUGGUGGAGGAGCUUCAUGUCCCUCACGGCGCAGGUGCCGAAGGUCCGGCAGGGCCGUGCCAGCUCCAGGGUGUGGUGCAGGAACACUUCACAACUUUGUAGAUCAUAUAAGGCGCUCCGGACUAUAGGGCGCACUUGUUUUUUUUUGCCGAAGUGUCACCUCCUUGUUCUUUUCUUUAGAUUUUGAAUUAUCAGCUGUCGCACUACAGGGAGAAGAAUAAGCAUCAGUAAAUGAAUGAGAUCAUCUGGAAAAGGCCAGUGCUGAAUGGAAUAGAUCUUUGUGGAGCAGAGAUCUGUAAGGAAUAGAACACCUUCCAGAUGACCAUGCUAUAUCUGGUAUGCACAAAUUUCUGACACAUAUACGGCAAGAAUAGUGUGGAACUAACUAUAGAUAAGAGAAGAAAGCAAUAAAGAAGUGAAAUUAAUUUCCUAAAUGUCCCAAGGUAUCUCACCAGAUAUUGUCAUUGUGAUAAUAAGUUAUCUCAAUGCAUGGAAUCCUCCAGAUUACAUUGUAUACAUUAAUACAAAAAUGAAGUAAUUUUCAAGAACUAGAACAGACAUAUUGAAACUUUAUGUGUAAAAUGGAAUAUGAAAGAAAUAGGAAAAAUUAAUAACAGACACAAAACCCAGUGUACUGAAGGAAUAAGCUUUUACAGACAAGAACAAAAAGGAAAGGAAAAAAAAAAGGACAAACCACCUUUGCUAAAUAUUAAUUAUUUUAAGUAUUUUUCAUGUGCCUUGCAUCAAAUUAUACUUAACAGAAUAGCAUUCAUAUGUGUAUAUGGAAUAGAAAUAGCUCUGUAACUAAUGGUGGUAGAAGUGCAAAAUCUUCAAAGACUAAGAACAAUUUCUUGAUCAUUUGAACAUUAGCAAAAUUUGACUGAGCUAUUUUGAGUUACUUUCAGAUCUGUAACACUGAUCUGAAGAGCUGCCUGUCUUGUGAGACUGUCAUACUCUUUUUUUGGUCAGCUGAAAACACUGGGAUGGUUUUUCAAAUGUCUUAAUUGCUGUCCUGAACUCAUGAACCUGGAAAGGUCAAUGGAAAAAGCUCUCCUAUUGACUUCAGUAGGAGGGACUGAGAUCUUUUAGCAAACAUUUUAAAAAAGUUCUACACACUGUGAGAAUGUUUUCAGGGUAUUUUGGCACUCUUUGUAGCAUUGGCCUUGUCUCUUCGGAUUUGAGUUAUUUUCCAAAGAUACAAGAGACACAGAACAUUUAACUUGAUGUAGGUCCCAGUCUACUGAAAACUGGCUAGAGUUUUCCCAGUUUUCAGGCAGGGUAAGGAUGACCCUGGAAACUACAGGCCUGUCAGUCUCACUUCAACAACGGGUAAAAUGAUGGGAGGUAUUGAAAAACACCUGAAGGACAACACAGUUGUUGGUCACAGGAAGCACAGCUUCAUGAGGGGAAAGUCCUGUUUGUGAAAUCUGAUUUUCUGUUACAGUAACCCACCUAGGGAAACUCUGGAAAGCUGUGCCAUGGCAAGGGACUUGGGGUUGGUGGUUGCCACCUGGCUGGUGGCAAGUUAAGCAAGAGUCAGCAAUGCCCUGGCAGCCAGGAGAGCCAAGUGUACCCUGGGGUACAUCAAGCACAGCAUCAGCAUCCAGGCAAGGGAGGGGAUUGUCCUGCUCUCCUUUGCUUACCUUGAGUCCUAUGUUCUUUCCUCUUUCUCUUUAAGGUCAGAAAAAAUAGCACAGAAAAAUCUGUUGGUUUAUAGUGUUCAUGCAAAAAAAGGUACACCCACUAGAACCCACAAGUAAUUGGAUUAUUUAGGAAAAAAAAUAAUUUUCAGAUCUCAUGAUCAAAUAUACUAGGUUCUGAAGCCAUUUCUCUAUGAACAUUUCUCUGUUUCCUUUUCAAACCUUGCAUUCAGUAAAACAUGGGAUGAAUUUCAUGCAGGGAACUUGGCAAAUACAUAAGUAUUGUAUGUCAUUUUAUGGCAUAGGCCUUACUUUUUUCAAAUAGGAUGUCAGACACAGCUUAGACUGUAUGAGCUGAGCUGUCUGCAGCUAUGAUACAGAAGCAGAUUCAGGCAGAAUAUGCACAGCUGAACCAGUAUGUAUUUCCAAUCCAGCAGAGCUGUGGCUGAAUGCCAGAGGCAAAUAACAUCAAAGCAUUUUACAAGUCUAGUGAGGUGAAUGAUAAUGAUUCACAACAGUGCUUUUACCAUUUUAGUCCAGGAGACAGCCCAGUUUCUACAAGCAGCAGGAAUCAGCAAGACUCCAGAAACACCUCGGGUGGUGGUGCCUCCUGUUGGUUGUUUUGGAGUGGGUUGUGCUGGUGACAGAUACAUCAGAGAUGACCUGCUAUGGGUUAACCCCAGCAGGCAGCUGAGGACCACACAACUGCUUGCUCACUCUUCCCGAGAGUGAUGGGGAGAGACCUGGAAGGGCAAAAGUGAGAAAACUCAUGGAUUGAGAUAAAGACAGUUUCCUAGGAACAGCAAAAGCCGUGCAUGCAAGAAAAGCAGAGCAAGGAAUUAGUUAAUUGCUUCCCAUGUCCAGGCAGCUGUUCAGCCAUUCCAGGAAAUGUAACCACCACUUGAAAAAACAAACACCACCACUUGAAACAUUCCUCCUUGUUUCUGCCAAAUUCUAUUGUGCAUCAUAUCAUGAAGUAUGGAACAUCCUUUUGGUCACUUGGGGUCAAUGCUCCUGGCUUACCCCUCCCAAAUUCCUGUUUACUCCCUGGCAAGGAAAUAUGCGAAACACAAAAGAUCUGGGUGCUGUGCAAGUGCUGCUCAAGAAUGUCUAAAACAUCCCCCAUCUUAUCAACACUGCUUUGGUCACAGAUCCAAAGCACAACACUAUAUAAUCUUAUACAAGUAAAAUUGAAAACUAAUUAUUUACUAAAAGAGUUUAAAGUAAAGCAUAUUUUUGAGAAUUUUAUUUAUUACAAAUUAAUAUGUAUAUUUUUGGAUUGGGUCUUGGGAAACAAAAAAAUGCCAAACCCAAAACCAGCAGCAAAGGGAAACAAAUGUUUACACAUUUAGUGAAAACAUCUUCACUCCCUCUUUCCCUGUCUCAACUUUACUAUUAUGCUCAGCUUAUCGCCAAGUAUCUCUCCUCCUCAUUCAUUGUCUCAGCGUCACUUUUUUUUGUCAUAGGCACCUGUCUUCCCCCCUUGGUCCCACCACAGGUGACACUCAGUCCCUUCAGCAAGACAGUGAGCAGUGUGUACAAUUGGGGCAUUUCAUUCUGCUGCUGCUGCUUCCAUCCCACUUUUUUCUCAAGCUCCAGUGUGGGUCCUGCACAGUCUGCAUUCCCUUCAGGGAAUUCUAUAUUGUGGUGUACUCAUCCAUGGACCUCAGCCCCUCUGGGGAUCUGUCUGUGCCAAAAGCUUGGAUGAUGGACCCAGCCUUGGCUUGCAAUGGGCCUGUCGUGGAGCUGUCUGGGGCCAGCUGUGUCCAGCACAAUCCCUCCUACAGCAGCCAGCCGUGAAAUCCUCACUGCCUCCCAAAACCUUGUCAUUUACACCCACUGCAGUCAUGUGUCACAACACUGUGGUUUGUCCGUUCCUGUUUGCUGGUUUCCCUUAGCCCACAUGGAUAGGGGAAAGAGAAAUGCUCUUCAACACUUCUGAACCCUAUCAGGAACUGGACAGUCCAGAAUAAUGAGUAUUCAGUUUCAUAAUUUCCAAAUGUAAUAGCCAUGUAUGGAAAUUUCACACAGAAAUUUUCCUGAAGGGAAAAUUCCAACCCAUCUGACGUACCGCUGCAUUUUCUCAUAUCUUUAACCUGUCAUAACUGCAAUAAAAACCAAUUUUCUCUGAAGGUUUCGAGGCUUCCCUGUACCAUUAGUCUAAUGCUGUAAAACUCUGCUUAGUUUUACUAUUGGCAUUAUCAUAAACAACGUCACAUCUCAGAGCAUUCCAAAUUCAAAGCAGGGACUUUUAAGAAUAUUCUUAUAACAUGAAGUAAUGGAAAAACUCUUGCAAACAAUCCUAAUUUUAACAAGCUGAAUCACAGCUAUCGAAAUCUCUGGACUUUUGAGAUUCUGCCAUCAAUAAAAGUCUAUUUCUGUAACAUCUCUGAUGAUAAUUCUUGGUUAUUUGAAUAUAUGUCUAAAUUGCUACUGAGUUGUAAUGCUGUGCAUGCGUUUUUGUAUUCAAUCUUAAUUUUAGAGGAAUCUACUUCUAUUGUAAUGUAGGUAAAUGCCAAUCAAAAUCUUUAAGAACAGUGAAUACUAUUCCCAUUCAAAGACACAAUACAGUUUCUUGAUUCAAAAUAUUAGCCAUAUCCCACUCUGCAUUUUCCUUCGUGUCUGACUUUUCUAGGGAAUCAGAGGAUAUUUCAUCAUCUUCCAACCAAACACUGAUCUAACAAUUUUUGUGUUAUUGCUGGAAGAAAUUUCCUCUGAGAAUAAUGUUCAUGUCUGUAGACAGUCCUGUCUGACAAGGUCAUAAAUAGAAAAGUUCUACUUUAUACAAAUAAGGAAGAACUCCAUUUCAUUCUUGACUCUAAAAUUCAGGGAAGGAUUAGUACUCAGAAAUUCUGUUUCAAUACUGAUCACAUUCUCAAACACAUAUAAUUUAAGCCACAAUUAGAUUUAAUACACAGAUACAGUUUUAGUUUAAUACAGGCACACAGUUUGGCAAGGUAGAACAAAAUGCAUUAUUUUUCAGUAACCAGUGUUUUCUAUUGAGAAAGUGAUACAAAUUACUGUUAUGUGACAUUACCAAAAAACCAAUUGAUAAAAUGGACAAAACCCAAUAUCGUCUUCUAAUAUAGACUUCCCAGUCUCACAGGGAAGACACAAUACAAGAAUAGGCUUGUGGUCAUUUUAGGUCUAGAAAUAGCAGGGCACAGUUCUGUUCUUUCCUCACAGUUCUUUUUAGAUUACAGGGGCAGUUGCAAAAGGUAGAAUUUUCAAAACUAACUAGUGAGUUUUGCCUGUUCAGCUAGAGUUUCCUGAUAUUAUCAGGCUUCAUAUUACAGUGAUGUCAGAAAACCAAGUCCCUGAGAAGUAUCUCAGCUACUGAAAUACUCUAUAUCUAUCACUUGAGAAUACAUACUUCAGAUCAUUAUCAUGUAAAUAGUAUUAAUUCCUUUUUUCCUGCUUGUCAGUGCCAUUUUCCUAGUCUAGAAACUCCUUGGAGAGGAGUUAUUUCUUACUGUAUAUUUUGCACAAUUCUUGACACAGUGGGACCCUGACCUUGCCUAGGCUUUGGGUUUCUUCAAUAUGAUUAAUUACAAUUAACAGUUGGAACAGUAAUAGAAGCACUUUGAUGCUCCAUUUAGGACAGAUAGGCAUUUUCAUUUGGAUUUGUAAUAUGGGGUUUGAUCAGUUAAAAAGUAAUCUACAAAAAUUCAUCUGGAGAAUAAAAUAAAUUGGUUCCACAUUUCUCCUGUCACAUAAAACUGCUGUCAUAUGAAAAACAGUCCACAUUUGUGUUAAUUUCUGAUCUGGCAUAAGCACAAUUGGUUAGUCUUGAUGAUGGCAUCUGAGAAAUUUACACUAUGAGAUCACUAAUUUGCAAGCUCUGAACCAUAGAAAGGUGCUCAGAAAUUAAUGUCAUUUUAUGCAGUUCAUGUCCCUUUCAAAUAACCAUUCAAAAAUAUUUAUUUUUAUCCAAAAAUAAAUGAAGCCAUUGUAAGAUGUAUAUUUUAUCAUCUGUUAAAAUGGCAAUAAAUCUGCAUUAGUCUGAGGAAAUAGAUACACUACUAAGAACCUCCUAUGAAUCAUGGCAUCUGGUCUGACUUCCUCCAAAAAUAUUUGGUAUGAAAAAUCUUCAGCAUUUUUAGACAGAAUAGGACAAAAUAUGCAAAUAUUCCAGUCUGUUCACCUAUAUAUACACUGUAUUUAAUAGACAUGGAAUUUAAUUUUGCCUCAUGGGAUUUUAUACCACUGACUUCAAUGAGAACAACUUUGUAUUAUCAUGAGGAUACAUCAUUGUAUAAGUUAUCUUGAUUACCUCAGCAACUCAGUAAUAACUUUAACAGCAGUACUGGGAAGAAGGAAAAAAUUCAGAGGCAUACAACCAUGAGAAAUAUUCAUGCAGAGCAAUUCCUUUCAUGCUACAAUCUGUACUGUUUCAGUAAAGUGCAGUAAAUUAUAAACAGGAGUAUUGCAAUCUCCAAUGUAAUUUCUUUUGAAAUUAUAACUACAGGUAAAGAAGGCAAAUCAGUCUUUACUUUCCAGAAACAUUUAUUGCAAAUAAUGAGGCUUCAAAAAACACUCAAAUCCCUU